AUGAGGGCAGAUUUGCAUCACUGCGGACAAAGUAAAUGUAAAGUGUGCAAGGAAUACGUCGAUCCUAAGCAUCACCGAUGUUACAUGCAACCUGUGAAAGAAAAGCCCACCCGUGAGGAUUUGCUUGAUGACAAAGCCAAUGACGAAACACCUGAAAGUGACUAUAGCAAGCUGUUGUUUUUUUACUUCGAGUGUCGUCAAGAGAACCCAGGAACUAAACAAUCUAACAUAGCCUUAAAAUGGCUGUCUUAUACUGCUGAGAAGAACGACAAAUACAUUCAGCACAAACGCAAUGGUGGAGAGAAAACUGUUGGGCAUUAUUCCUUGGAUGGUUACGACGAGGAGACACGUACAGCGUCUGAAUUGCAUGGAUGUUUUUGGCACAGUAAGUUUCCUGAAUGUUUUUUUUCCCUGUAAGAGAGAACUAACCGUUUUUACAGGUACCUAUGGACCCUUUUCCUUGUGAAAACUCCCCAGUUAAUCAGUUGUACUUUUUUACAGGAUGUUUAAACUGUUAUAUGCCAGGGAUACCGUUAAUAAGGUGAACGAAAAAACCAUGCACAAUCUCUAUCAAGCUACUGUGCAAAAGACCGAAUACCUUAGAGGACAUGGCUUUAAUGUGGUUGAAAUGUGGGAAUACAAAAUCAAUCGAGAGCUGAGACGCGAUGAGGAUAUGGAACGGUACUUUGACAACUACAACCUUGCGGAUCCUUUGGAGCCACGUCAUGCAUUUUAUGGUGGGCGAACCAACGCAACAAAACUUUUUCACAAGUGUAAGGACAACAAGGAGAUUAGGUAUGUUCGGGAAAAAAGGGAUAGGAUACCCUAGGGUUUAAAACGACAAACUAAUGCACUAAUGCACUUUACGAGCCUUUAUGCGUGGUGUAACAAGAUGACCCGGACGGUUAUUGGUCACCCUCGUGUUAUCACUGAGAAUUUCGGCAAUAUUCCACUUAUUUCGGAUUGAUUAAGUGCAUGGUACUUCCACCUCGAGGACUUUUUCACCCCGUUCUUCCCUACCGUACCCAAGGCAAGUUAAUGUUCCAGUUGUGCAAAUCAUGUGCAGAUGUGUGCAAUCAGAGCCCCUGUACCCAUUCCUAGCGUGAAAGGAGCCAUUCAGGGAACGUGGUGUAGCAUUGAAUUGGAGAAAGCCCUAGAAAAAGGUUACACCAUUUUGUGAAUGCACGAAGUGUGGCAUUUUCCCGAAACCUCCAAUAAGCUGUUCAAAGGCUAUGUGAAUACCUUCCUGAAAAUUAAACAGGAAUCCAGCGGGUACCCUAAGAACUGUGUUACCGAGGAACAAAAACAGCAGUAUGCGAAUGAAUAUUUUGCGGUUGAGGGAAUACAACUGGACAGAGAAAAGAUCGAGCACAACCCUGGUAUGCGUGUGCUGUCCAAAUUGACGCUGAACUCGUUUUGGGGUAUGUAUUUAUUAGUUCGUUUACUAAGGGCCAUGCGAUAGACUGAACCCUAAUUAAUAGGUACUUACAUUCUACUUUCCCCUUUGGUAAAUUUGCGCAAAGAUCCAAUAUGACCAAGGUGGAAUUGGUCAAAGAUCCCCGGACGUAUUUCGAUUACUUAACGUCAGACGAAAUUAAUGUUUUAAAUGCAAGGUUCGUAAGCGACAAAAUGGUUGAACUCCAUUACGAGUACAAUGAAAAUUUCGUAGAACCCAAUGCGAAGACCAACGUGUGGUGAUCGCCGCCUUUACGACCGCGUAUGCCUGUCUUAAGCUAUGCGGAGUGCUCGAUCUGCUUCAAGAGCGGGUACUGUAUAUGGAUUCGGUGAUAUUCGUAAGCAAGCCCGGCGAGCUCAGCCCUUGAAUUGCUCGGCACAACAAAAGGUAAACUUUGAUGUUAUUCGCUUGUUAGUGUACCUUCACGCCAAGUGUAAUGUUACAGGAAAGGUUACAGUGGACAUUCCAUUAAAGAUAACCCGGAACGCAAAGGACAAAAACAUUGAAACAAAGCGCAUGAAAAAGGAUUAUAAGAUAGUUUAUGAUAAACGCUUAAUUAUAGAUGAUUACAAAACAUUACCUUAUGGGUAUUAAUUAUUCUAUUAGUACAACACCUUAAUUGGCUUAUUACAACUGAAAUAAAUAUUUUCACAGAACUGUAAGGUUUCGUUAUUAAUUGCGAAUGUUUAGUUUAUGAUAAUGAUCCAGAUUCACGCCUGUUUCCUUUUCCAGCACCAGGACCUGUUCUUCAUUUUUCCUGGUUAAACCCAGCAUCAUUGUUUCCCUAGCAUCCAUCUGAUAGGUAGUAUCAUUUCCCUGGAAAAUCUGGGGUACGGUUAUACCCGUUAAUAUUUCCAGUAGAAUUUGUGUUAAUAUAAUGGAAUGCAGUGUAGGAUUAUUAACAAGCGCCGGCGGAAUUAACCGGCGACCCAUAACGAGAAGGAUCUCGAACGGGUAGUCCCAGAGUAUUCCCUGUUCUAUGACUUGUUUUAUAUAAUCUGUAGGCCGUAUAAUGACCAUCCCUCCUUUUCGGACAGUCUCAGAUGCUUGCAGAGCUUUUCGAUUCUGAGAGCCAUGACCCUUGCAGAUAUUGCAUCCAUUAAAUGGCACUGAUCUUGCACAGUAUCCACUGGAGGCCAUUCCUUUUCUACAAUAUGCCUGUAAGACAUGCUUAUUCCAAAUGGAAAAAGGCGCGGGAAGGUCCGAGUUUUAUAGUACCUGUUUACGGGAUGGUAUGUAAUGUAUCAAUAAACUUUCCCUUAGCGAAAAAACAGUAAAGUGCACGUCAUUGUGGUAUGGCCUAGUGAGAAAAUGAUCAAGGUUCCGUACCCUUUUUGUAUCUGCGAAGCAGAUAUAUUGUUAUCGCAAACGUAAUGUUGCUGUAUCCCUAGCCAAUCAGUGACGAGCUUAUAUAAUUGAGCCAAUUUAAACCAAUCAGCGAUUAGUUUACAUCAAUUGUUUACAUCGUGCCCGCAUCUAACCUGCGAAUGGGCAUACUUUAGCCUUGUCAGGCCUCGUGUAUAAAUCGUGUUAUUCUUUCAAAAAUAUCUUGAUAUUUUUAUCAAUUUAUCUUGAAUUGGCUGUCUUGUUUUCUCUACUUGCGAUAUUAUUCCGAAGUUAUUUAUCAACAUGGAAUCUUAUCCUCAUCUGGUAAGUAGUCAAAUACCAUAUAUUAUAGAUUUAAAUACCAAAUUUGUGCAAAUAUAUAUCCCACAUAUUUAGUACACGAGUUCGGCAAAUUACUAUACUAUCUAUAGUUAAUAUUGCCGUAUCUUCGGCAUAGAGACUGUGUACAUGAAAUGCACUCUGGAAUUUUUUUAUUAAUAUGUUACACUGUAUAAAAUAUUGGAUAUUUCCAGGAUAUUUUAAGCCGUUUGUCAACAUAGUUCACAAAAAGAUUUAUACAGUAAAACAAUCCUUCUGUGACUUCUCUAAUAUUUUAAACAGUCAAAACAUAGCAGGCAAUAUUGCCAAUGAACAAUACCAAAGGAAACUAAUCGUCUCGGGAGAUAUUGAAUUAAAUCCUGGUCGUGUAUUUCUGUAUAAACUCUGUUCAAAACAACAGUCCAACUAAGGGGCCGAUUACAUGGAGCAUUUUCAACCACGGGGUUGAACUCAGCCCUGUUAACCGGGUUGAAAUUUUUUGCGAUUACAUGGACGAUUUCAAUCCCGGGGUUGAAAUGCUAUACUAUGCGUUCUCAGCAUCGAUUCCCGGAAGUAAAAAAGCCUUUAUUUUGUUUUCUUGUAAUAAAUAGUCACUACCACGUAUGCUCAAAUAACUCGUGAUAAUUUCAGCCCUGGGUUGAAACGAUUACAUGACAAAAUUUUCAAUCCAGGGCUGAGUUAAACCCCGGGGUUGAAAUUUCAACCCUGCUAGCUGAAGCAGGGUUGAAAUUUCAACCUCGGAACUCAGCCCUGGGUUGAAACUUUUAUCAUGUAAUAGCACGUUUGAUUUUGAUAGAGUUUUGUAUUACAGACAGGGCUGAAAUUUCAACCCGGUAAACAGGGCUGAGUUCAACCCCGGGGUUGAAAAUGCUCCAUGUAAUCAGCCCCUAAGCUGUCAUCAAAUGUAGUGUUGGAGGUUAAAGAUGUUAUCAGUUUACAAUACUUAUGCAUUUUGGUUUUACACAUUUAAUAGAGUUUAUAAUUAAACAAAAUUUUUACAAACAUUUUCAAAUGCUAAUAAAAGAAUCCCCACCCUCCCUCCUUUAAUAUUACAUUGUUAUGUUGCUUUCUAACAUAAAUGUUUUUGUCUAGAGAUUAAUGCAAGAAUGAUGAAUAAAUGUACUGGAUAUUGGCUAGAUAAUUUUGUCAGAACAACCCACUUGCAAGACAAUCUUACCUAAAUUCAUAAGUAUCAAUGGUAUGGAUACUGUAAUACAAUAAUAAUAUGGCUACAAUAAUCAUAUAUUAUAUGGAUGGUCAGAUCAAUGGCACACAAUAUGUACAAGACUGAACUUGUGAUACCUUCUACUCAAACCGAUAUUCUCCCACAACACAAAUUGUUUUUGUGUGGAUAUGUUGUGUUACACCCGUUUUCAAAAUUACGCGACCAAGGACGAAAAUGCUAGAGUUGACAUGUCAGUUUUAUGUCAUUCGGUCACGAAGUUUAAACUUUGAGUUUUGCGGUUCCUUGUCGAUGUAUAUGCUUUGUAUGCUUUAUAUGAACAGGUUUACAAUGAUUUUCAAGAUAUUUUAGUGAGAAUUAUUGCAAAAUUUAAGCACAAACAAAAUCAUAACAUCACCGUUAUAGUCUAGCGUGUGUUUUAUACUGACAGCUAGAUUCCGGGAUAAAUUGUUAUUUUUCAAACUUUAAAAGUUAUUCACGGCACAUAUUUCUGUUGUGAUGGUUUGCAUUGUGCUUUAGUUUGUAUAUCUAAGUUAUCUAACUCAUUUUUGUUCAGUUUUGGUAUUAAAUAUGGUUUAAAAUGUCUUUUGACAGUUUGUUUACAUUUGCUAUUUUUAGUUGUUUUGUGACACAAAACUGACAUUUGAAGUAAGAGUAUUUUUCUGGGAGGUCGCAUAAUUUUGAAAACGGGUGUAAACCGAACAGUGUGGUAUAUCAUUAACUGUGCACAGGAUUGGAAUUUAAUUAUAUACUUCAUUCAUGACCUUUAAAACAUUCUCUACUAUUCAGUGGUCUUCGAUAUAUGAUGGACUCUUUGCUACAGUAUUAAUGCAUGUUCCUUGAAUAGUUUGCGUAUGUUACUCAACAGUUAACGUUGGCAAGUGUGAACAACAAGUGACAGAACUUUUGCUUCAUAUGAUUACAAUAAAGUUUUCAAAAUGGGUAUGGAUUGACAAGUGACAGUUUACUAAAUAGACACUGCGAAUAUUGUUUGCAUGAAAUUUUUAUUUUUUGACUGCAUAAUUAUCCGAGUUACAAUCAUAAUCACAUAAAAUUAGUUAAAUUUUCGGGGGGGGGGGGGUUGAGUUGCCCCUGCUGCCCUCUGUGCUGUCUACAGCCUUGUUAGAUUUGUACUAUGUUUGACUUUAAAAUCUUAUUUGCUAUUAUAUUUAUUAUAAUAAGUGAUGAAAAUGUGAAUCAAGUUUUUUCGCAGAUACAUGUACGCGUCGCGUACCUAUUUUUGUAUCUGCGAAGCAGAUAUAUUGUUAUCGCAAACGUACCGUACUGUACGUUACCGUAUCCCUAGCCAUUCAGAGACGAGCUUAUAUAAUUGAGCCAAUUUAAGCCAAUCAGCGAUUAGUUUACAUCAAUUGUUUACAUCGUACCCGCAUCUAACCUGCGAACGGGCAUUGUUUCGCCUCGCGAUCGUGUAAUUCGUGUUUACUUAUUCUUUGCCAUUUUCACAUUUUGGCUCCAAAAAUAUCUUGAUUUUGUCUUAUUUUCAUCAUUCUACUUGCGAUAUUUAUAUUCCGAAGUUAUCUAUCAACAUGGAAACUUAUUCUCAUCUGGUAAAUAGUCAAAUUUGUUUGUUAAUAUGUGUUUAUAUGUGACAAUUUACAAUUAUGCUAUAGUAUAGUAUAGUAUACUGAACAGUUACUCUAUAGAUAUAGUCAUAUUUUAGUGGAAUUUGUUACUUACUUAGUUAAGACAGUUAAAAUAAAUGCUUUUUUGUUAUUAUUAUUAAAUACCACAUAUUUUCAUAUUUUAUUAUAUACAUUUAUAUAGUAAAACAAUCAUUGUGUAUUAAUAUUUUAAACAGUCAAAACAUGCUAGGCAAUAAAUUUAUUUGCCAAUGGCAAUGGCAAUGAACAAUUUCACAGGAAACUAAUGUUCUCAGGAGAUAUUGAAUUAAAUCCUGGUUCUGUAUUUCUGUAUUAACUUUGUUCAAAACAACAGUCCAACUAAGCUGUCGUCAAAUGUAGUACAUGUUAGAGCAAAGGUUAUAUGUUAUUAGUUAAAAUAUUUAUACAUUUUGGUUUUAAUACACAUUAGAGUUUAUAAUUAAACAAAAUUUUUACAAACAUUUUCAAAUCCUAAUAAAAGAAUCCCCACCCUCCCUCCUCAUUACGUUGUCAUUUUGCUUUCUAACUUAAAUGUUUUUGCUUAGAGAUUUUAAUACAAGAAUGAAGAAUAAAUGUACUGGAUAUUGGAUGGAUAAUUUUGUCAGAAUAACAGCCACUUGCAAGACAAUCUUAUCUAAAUUCAUUAGUAUGGAAAAUAACUUAACAGCUACAAUAAUUAUAUAUUAUAUGGAUGGAUCAGAUCAAUGGCACAUGCAAUGAUUCGCAAAACUAAACUUGUGAUACCUUCUACUCAAACCGGCAUGCCAUGUUAAACUGAACAGUGUCAUAUAUCAUUAACUGUGCACAGGAUAUAUCACACUUAUGACCUUCAAAACAUUCUUUACUAUUCAGUGGUCUUUGACUAUGAUUGACUAAUUGCUACAGUAAUGUAUGUUCCUCCGCUUGAAUAGUUUGUGCAUGUUACCCAAUAGAUAACGUUGCCAAGUGUAAACAACAAGUCACAGAACUUUUAGUGCUUCAUAUGAUUACAAUAAAGUUUUGAAAAUUAGAUAUGUAUGGGGAUUGACAUGUGACAGCUUACUAAAUAGCCUGCUGCCAUAUGUAUAGACACUUCGAAUAUUGUUUGCAUGAAAUUUUUAUUCCUGACUGCAUAAUUAAUGGUAAUGGUACAAUCAUAAUCACAUUAUAAAAUUAGUUAAAUUUUCUCGACGGUGGGGGGGGGUAGUUGCCCCUGCUGCCCUCUGCACUGUGCACAUCCCUAUUAGAUGUGUAUUAUGUUUGACUUUAAAAUCUUAUUUUGCUAUUAUAUUAUAAUAAGUGGUGAAAUAUUUCAAUUGUCCCAUGUCAUCUUCAUUAUUCAAUUCCUUUCAAGAAAAUACAAAAUGUGAAUCAAGUUUUUUCGCAGAGACAUGUACGCGUCGCGUGCCUAUUUUUAUAUUUUUCAUUCCAGUACCACAGGGUGUAUCAAAAAUUGUAAACCUUUUAAAUUCAAAUUAGCCUUAACUUUUAAAUAUUCGUUGCUCUGCUGUAAGCUGGCCCAUUUUAUAUCUUAUGCAGACUUGAAUAAUGCUCAUUUUAAACAAUUUUCUUUGAGUUCAUACAAAUAGAAGUUAUUUGUUCAUACAAAUAGAAGUUAUCCUAAAUUCGCAUGUGCAGAAGACCUUGUGUUUUCACGCAUUCAUUAAUUGGAGAAAUUAUGUGGCUGUCAAAUUACUAACAAUUCUGCGUGUAUAAAAAAAAAGUAUACAGUGUGUAUAAAAAAAACAACCCUUUCAAUUUUAAAUUCAAAUUAGCUAUAACGUAUUGUAGUAAUUAGAUAGCACUAAUUGCUUUGAAUUAAUGGUUGGGUAAGAACACAAGGUCUUGUACUCACGGGACAAAAAUGAAAGAAAUAAAAAUUAGAAAUACAGUAUUUCUUUUAAAUUUUCUAAUUUUUAUUUCUUUGAGUUUUGUCCCGUGAGUACAAGACCUUGUGUUCUUACCCAACCAUUAAUUCAAAGCAAUUAGAGCUGUCAAAUUAAUUACUACAAUACGUUAUACCUAAUUUGAAUUUGAAAGGGUUCAGUUUUUUUACACACACUGUAGUACAUGUCCCAUAAGUAGAAAGUCUUUUGCUUUACGGCUCGCUAACUAGUUCGAAACAAUUAUAUAGCUUGUCCGAUGAAUUCAAUAGAAUACGGCGUCAUGCUUGAUUCAAAUUUGAAAGGCUAUAUACUUUUUUCAUACAAACUGUAUAUAUUAGGGUUAAUUUGAAUUUGAAAAGGUGCACAUUAAUUUUUUUAUUAUACACACCGCAGAAUGAUUUAAUGAUUUAAUGAGAUUCGGCUGAUAUAGCGCCAGGAAAUUCGCCACAGUUUCCCCAAUUACGGCGAUCGAAAAAUUAAAAAAGUAUAAAUAUCAACUUGGGGUUUCAUCGUAUAUGACGUAUAUGUAUGCUUCUAACCAGCUAUCUGACAAGUUUGGGCAAUUUAUACAGGCAUUAAUUAUUGCCGAUGUCACAGGAGAUUCGCCCCCCCCAGUAGAUUCGCCCCCCCCCUCUCAAAAGGGGGGCGAUAUUCCUAGGAUAUUCGCCCCCCCCCGGGGCGAAUCUCCUAGGAAUAUCGCCCCCCUGGGGGGCGAAUCUUCUAGGAAUAUCGCCCCCCUUUAGGAAUUUCGCCCCCCAUAUAAAUUUUGAAUUUUUGAUCUAAAAACAAAACGAUUGCAAGUUGAAAAGAUUUAUUGUGUGAUUUAUUUAUUUAUUACAAGGAGACAAAAUUACAUACACAUUUUAGGCUUCUUAGCAGCUGGUGGUGUGCACAGUCUGCAUAACCACUCAUUUGAGGUACUUAGACUAGUGUCAUAUUGACAUAUUCUACACAUCUAAAGUGGAACCAUCACAGAGAUCGCAUAAAAUCAUGUUGUCGUAUUCUUCUGGCAGUUUACAUUUACAUAACAUAUUAUAAAAACAAUCGCUUGCAAAUUUUAUCAAUACGAGUGUUAACAAUAGCCGCCACAGUAAUCACUUGCUAACAAUAAACUAUAGGAUUAGUAAAAAAUCCAUGGAAUGUGUUGGGAAGCGUAUUGACUAUUGUCCGUUGAAUCGUCAACUUUCCGUGUCAGUGAUGUAAUCUUUUGCGGAAGUGCCGCAAAGAAAAUUGCAUUAUAUAUGUGGUGUGGUUUAUUCAAAUCAUUUCAUGAUACUUUGAUUUUAUUAGUGCAUGCCUUAAACAUUUGAGAAUGUAACUCUGCAAAACUAAAAGCUUUCUUGUCUUUUUUGAAACGUAUAUUAUUGGAUUAUUGCCUAUUGGCAAGUUCUACCCUUCGCUUCUGAGAUUUACAAACUAUAUUGAAAUAAUGCAAGUAAAAAAUAGUGACAACUUAUAAACCAUACAUUUUCCGAUAACGACAAAACGUGGAUGCAAAACAAUACCAAUAAUUACAAUAACCACCACGGUGAUUACUUUUUAACAAUGAGUUUAAGGAUUAACACUGAAAAUGCAAAUAUGCAUGGUGUGCUGUGAAGCGUCAUAAGUCCGAUUGAGUAUUGAUCUACUGUAACUGUGUAAAGCCCUUUCGAUACAUGUAAUUGUAAAUUUGUAUUCUUACAUGCAGGGCUUGAAAUAACGUUCCCAAAGUUCCCGAUCAUGGUGAUCGGCAGUCGCGACUUUCCCUGCUUUUUUUCAGGUUAGAAACCGAAACCUUGCUUUUCCGCCGAUCAUAAGCAAUUCCUUGCCGAUCAUUGAUCGGUGAUCGGUUGUUAUUUCAAGCUCUGUCUUAACAAUUUUGAAUUGAUACUGAUUUCAAAUGAUUAAAGCCAUGUAAUAAGAAAUACUUGGGUAAUCCAACUUUACAACGUGAGCUUCAUUACAAAAGGUAUAAAAACAAAUUAAAUCAUCUAAUUAGAAAUGCUAAGAAAACUUAUUAUGAUAACAAAUUUGAUCGAGCAAAAAGUGACUUGAAGGAAACUUGGAAAUUAAUAAACGAGGUUAUAAAUACUAAAAGCAAGAAGUCAUCUUUAUCAUCGUCGUUUAAAUCAAAUGGUACAGUGAUCACUGACCCUCUUGAAAUUGCAAAUGGAUUUUGUAAAUAUUUUACAAACAUUGGCUCAUCCUUGGCAAGCAGGAUUCUCCCAACAAAUUGUGUAUUUCGAGAUUUCCUUGGACCAAAUAUGAGUGAUACAAUAUUCCUUAAACCUACUACUGAACAUGAGCUAAAAAUUAUCUCUAUGUCAUUUAAAGGUGGAAAAGCACCUGGUUAUGAUCAUAUACCUAUGCAUCUUGUAAAAAGUUCGUUUGAUAUUAUUUCGAAACCAUUAAUGCGUGUAAUUAAUAUAUCCCUUGAAAAAGGGAUAUUUCCAAAUAACCUUAAAACGGCAAAAGUAAUUCCUCUUUUUAAAGCUGGUGAUGUAGAUAUAUUUACGAACUAUAGACCUAUCUCGAUCUUGUCAAGUUUCUCUAAAAUUUAUGAAAUUUAUGUAUAAUCGUUUGCUUAAUUUUAUAGAAAGAUUUGAAAUUUUGUAUUCUUUUCAGUUUGGUUUUCGUACCAAACAUUCAACUAAUCAUGCCCGGCCCUCACACAUUUAGUAAAUAAAAUAGCAACUGGAAUCGAUCAAAACAAAAUUUCUAUUGGUGUAUUUCUAGACUUGUCGAAAGCGUUUGACACACUAAAUCACGGUAUACUUUUUUCAAAGCUCGAAAACUAUGGCAUACGCGGAGUCGCGCUAAAUUGGAUCAAAAGUUAUUUUUACAACCGUAAACAAUUUGUUCAGUACAACAAUGUUACUUCUAGUCAGUUAAUUACCCAAUGUGGUGUGCCUCAAGGUUCAAUUUUAGGCCCUCUCCUUUUUAUUUUAUAUAUAAAUGACCUUCCGAAUGCCUCCCGUAUAGUUGAACCUUUGUUAUUUGCGGAUGAUACCAGCAUCUGUUACUCUCACUCUGACCCUGUGGUACUAGCUGCAGUGUUAAACGAAGCAUUACAAAGCAUCGGUUCUUGGAUGAGAGCAAAUAAACUCUCUGUUAAUAUUGACAAAACAGACUAUGUUAUUUUCCAUUCCAGGCAUAAGAAAGUCUCUCAUGAUAUAUCUCUCUCUUUCGAUGACAAAUGUAUUGCUCGUAAACCAAAGGUUAAAUUUCUGGGGGGUUUUCUGGAUGAGAAUCUCACCUGGAAACCUCACAUUAGUCAUGUCUGUAAAAAGAUUUCUAAGUCUAUCGGCAUAAUUUAUCGAGCUCGUUUUUACUUGUUGCUAGUACUAAAUUGUCAUUGUACUACACGUUAAUCUACCCAUACCUUACCUAUUGUAACACUGCUUGGUCCUCCACCUAUGUUUCCAAUUUAAGUCGCAUAUUUCUAUUACAGAAACGAAUUGUCAGAGUACUGACCAAUUCUAAUUACCGGGCGCAUACUGCUCCACUGUUUAGUAAAUUAAAAAUACUCAAUAUAUAUCAGCUUAAUUCCUUCCAUAUUGGCAAAUUUAUGUUUUCUUACCACAAUCAGCUAUUACCACCUUCUUUUCUCAAUCUGUUUAUUACCAACAAUGAAAUCCAUGAUUACAACACCAGAAAUGCGAGUUCAUACCGAGCUCAUGCAUGUAGAACAAAUGUAAUGCAGUUUACCAUCCUAUUUCAAGGACCCAAAUUGUGGAAUUCUCUCCCAGAGUCCGUCAAAAGUGCACAGACUAUCAAUUGCUUCAGGAAUAGAAUUUUGAAAUGCUUGCUAGAUGCCUAAUUACGUUUUUCUUGACCUCUCCUAACUAAUCAUUUUUCUGAUCUAUAUUUUCUGUUACUACUGCUCCAAGGAGACAUCCUAUUUACAAGCCCUAUGGUUUCCAGAUGCCUCCUUGCCACCGAUAUCUACUUUAUGGUGUAUACAUAUUGACUAUUUAAAAUUAACUAUAUUAUUAUCAUAAAAUAACUUGUAUAUAACUGAUAUCUGUGGCAAAUAAAAUUAUCUCUUAUCUCUUAUCUCUCUUACAAAAUGUCAACAAAUCAGUAAGUUAAAAGUAGCAUCAAAAUGUUAUUUUUGUGACGCCGUAAAAUUUAACUGUUCGCCAUUUUCGAUCUUAAUUAAUUAAUUAAUUAAUUAAUUAAUUAGCUUAGUUUAGUCCUAGCUAUUAUCGCCUUGCAGGAGUAAUUGUAAUUUAAAAAUCAACCCACUUAGCCGGGCCAACUUGCGGUCAAUUAACCGGAUUAACUUUUACCAUGUGAUCGGCCCCUAAUAUCAGAAUAUUUGCCGGCCAAUUAAUAUCUUUAUAAAAGGUGGUAUUUCGCGAGCCGUAUAGUAAUUGCCAAUAUUAUAGUUCUCGUGAAAUGUGAAAUGACAGCCAAUUUUUGUGUCGGGAAACGAGGUUUAGGCCUAUACAUUGCCUAUAGCCGCGUGAUUGCAUGCCGGUAAUUUUUGUCCGGGAACUGAGAAUUUAUUGGAGGCCGCGGUAGAAAAAAACUGGACGAGUAUAUAUGAAGAAGAGCAAUGCUUUCGAUGUAACACUAUUUUGCAUGUGUUUUCUUGAUUUUUACUAAAGAUAUGUCGGUUGGUUUUAAAAAGUUUUUCAAUGUUGAGCUUUCAUUGGUGAAAUUAGUUUCGAAAACCGGAGGAAGGCAUUAAAUACUCAAGAUAGAAAUAAUGUUUACACAGUUAAAAACGUGUUUUUUAAAUUUUUGGUGAAUGGUUAUAUCUUACAUCAAAACGUGCCAUGGUUAUCUUCAGUCUUCACAUGAAACCUAACCCAUUUUAUAUAUAUACCACCCUCUCUAUAAACAUUCGUACGUCGACGUGACCGAGUUAUACUGACAUUGUUUUAUUUAACUAUAACUAGUAUAAGGAUUAACCACGGCUGUUGUUUUAUUUAAUUAUAACUAGUAUAGGAUUAACCGACUAAAAUUGUUUUAUUUAACUAUAUAACUAAUAUAAGGAUUAACCGACUAAAGAUAUGUCGGUUGGUUUUAAAAAGUCUUUCAAUGUUGAGCUUUCAUUGGUGAAAUUAGUUUCGAAAACGAGGAAGGCAUUAAAUAUACUCAAGAUAGAAAUAAUGUUACACAGUUAAAAACGUGUUUUUUUAAUUUUUGGUGAAUGGUUAUAUCUUACAUCAAAACGUGCCAUGGUUAUCUUCAGUCUUCACAUGAAACCUAACCCAUUUUAUAUAUAUACCCCCUCUCUAUAAACAUUCGUACGUCGACGUGACCGAGUUAUACUGACAUUGUUUUAUUUAACUAUAACUAGUAUAAGGAUUAACCACGGCUGUUGUUUUAUUUAACUAUAACUAGUAUAGGAUUAACCGACUAAAAUUGUUUUAUUUAACUAUAUAACUAGUAUAAGGAUUAACCGACUAAAGAUAUGUCGGUUGGUUUUAAAAAGUCUUUCAAUGUUGAGCUUUCAUUGGUGAAAUUAGUUUCGAAAACGAGGAAGGCAUUAAAUACUCAAGAUAGAAAUAAUGUUUACACAGUUCAAAACGUGUUUUUUAAAUUUUUGGUGAAUGGUUAUAUCUUACAUCAAAACGUGCCAUGGUUAUCUUCAGUCUUCACAUGAAACCUAACCCAUUUUAUAUAUAUACCCCCUCUCUAUAAACAUUCGUACGUCGACGUGACCGAGUUAUACUGACAUUGUUUUAUUUAACUAUAACUAGUAUAAGGAUUAACCACGGCUGUUGUUUUAUUUAACUAUAACUAGUAUAGGAUUAACCGACUAAAAUUGUUUUAUUUAACUAUAUAACUAGUAUAAGGAUUAACCGACUAAAGAUAUGUCGGUUGGUUUUAAAAAGUCUUUCAAUGUUGAGCUUUCAUUGGUGAAAUUAGUUUCGAAAACGAGGAAGGCAUUAAAUACUCAAGAUAGAAAUAAUGUUUACACAGUUCAAAACGUGUUUUUUAAAUUUUUGGUGAAUGGUUAUAUCUUACAUCAAAACGUGCCAUGGUUAUCUUCAGUCUUCACAUGAAACCUAACCCAUUUUAUAUAUAUACCCCCUCUCUAUAAACAUUCGUACGUCGACGUGACCGAGUUAUACUGACAUUGUUUUAUUUAACUAUAACUAGUAUAAGGAUUAACCGGCUGUAUUGCACGAUAACGUAUACGUUUUGUGCCAAUUGAAUUCGUUUCUAAAUUAUAGUAUAUAUGAUCGGUCACGAGUGUUAUAUUUUAUAAACCGCUUGUAUAUCUAUAGCAUUUGUUGACUUCAGAAUUGGAAACGUUUAUGAUUCUUCAUUUGUAUUUGGCAAUUGAAAACACCUUGUUUAUUUCGCUAUGCAUGGUUUCAAUCUGUACGUCGUCAGGUCUCCGCGGAUCUUCAUGCAGCCGUUUUCAUGAAAAUCUGGAUGUUUGCCAGUCUCUGUAUCAUUAAUUGUAUUAAUGGAUACGCACACCUACAAGAAACUGCAAUCCAGCUUAUAUACUAAUCGUUAGCUUUGCUAAACGGGUAAUGGUUGUGUCGCAAGAGAAGCUAUCUUUAUCGUUCACGGCCGAAUUUAUAAAAAAUUAGUACUCUUAACUACUUUAUACAACCAGCCACAGAAAUCCCACAAAGAACUUAUAUUAUAUCUUUUUAGUGCAUCACAGCUGAGUCACUGUUCAAGAUUUUCAAUAUUUCAACAACAAAAUUAGUCAAUGAAGAGGAGUUUUCAAAAUAUGCCCCAAUUAUUGUUUAUGCACUUCUACCAAAUGAGCAGCAUUCGCAGGAGCACACUGAGGAUGAUGAUCACGACGAUGAUCAUGAUGGUGAUCAUGAUGAUGAUCAUGAUGGUGAUCAUGACGAGCAUGAUGAUGAUCAUGAUAACGAAAAGCAAAUUACACGAAAUGUGGAUGUUUACAAACAGUUUUUGGAAAGAUACGAGACAGGUAAAUAUCAGCUGCCAUUAGCAGCUAAAUCUGCAUUAAUUAGUUAAUGUCACUUACAUCGCUGUUAGUGUAAAAUUUAUACUUAGGAUUUUCUAAUAUCUGUAAUAACGUAUCUCACUAAAGUAAUAGCCUAAUCGGUAAAUUAUAGUUGUCGAGCGAGUCGUAUGAUGAGCCUCGCGUUUGGGUGAAUGGGCAACCACACUCUGUAUAUACGACGUCAUGCAACAACUUAUUAUUAUAUUAUAUAGGAGCUUUAUGUGCACAGAUUUUUGACCAGUUAUUGAAAGAGAUCAAUAGCACCACAGGGCAACUACUUCAUGCAGGGAAUGAGGUGAGACCGAGCUACUGUAAACAGCACUGCAUUCAACUUUUGCAAUUGUUCCUUUUGUAGAGCAAAUAAUUUAGCUACUCACAGUCAGGACACAGACUCGACAACGUUUAUUAAACUCUAAAAAAUCUAAACGUUUUCCUGAUUAUGAUCGACAUUUAAAAUGACGUUCACGUCAUUAUAAAAAGUAUAACUGUUACACUUAAUAAGAUAUGUCACCAAUUUAAAGUCCACACCGGGCGAGCUUGAAAAAUAUGCCCGACCACGGUGGGAAUCGAACCUACGACCUUUGGAAUACUAGCCCAAUGCUCUGCCAACUGAGCUACGCGGUCAGGUCGGUUCGAGUAAGUGAUAUUUCGGAACUGAAUCUAGUUCCUUCGAUACCAAUUAAAGUCGUUUAUCGAUGGAUGAGUCAAUCCCUUAUUAUCCUUAAAGGUUUUGUAUUCAUGUAUCGAAUGCAAAAUCCAGAGAUAAUCAGAAUAAUAUUUGUAUUUACAUGUAAGCCUCAGAUAUAUUGAUAUUGUACGCAAAUUUUAACACAGUAUGGGCGUAAAAAAUACUUUCAAGUUUAAUAAAGUAAACAGCCAUGUUAUUAGAUGCUGCUUUCCAACUGUGAGCUAAUUAGAAUCAAUGAUAUUAAAUGAAAAAACGAAUCUUAGACUUAGAAUUCUUAAAUUUGCUCCUGAUACUGAAUAACAGGAAUUGUCUUUUACGUACUUGUAACUUGCUGCUGUAGGGUCUUUGGUCGAAAUUAAAGUUGUUUUUCAUUUCAUUUUAAUAUAAUUUGUAGUUCAGGUCUUCAGGAACACACCACAGGAGGUCAAUGAAUAUUGUAGAGCACUACCUACACUGGAAUGCACCUUUUCAAAGCUUCUUAUUUUUUUUAACUUUUCUAGUGUCUUAUUUUUUUUUUAAACUUUUCUAGUGUUUCUCAAGUGAUGAUAUCUUCCACCAACUAAAUAUUUCAAGUGAUGCAGAUAUCGGGAAAUCUCUCUUACCAGAGAUAAGCGUGAUCAUUAUAUCUAGGUUAAUUCAGGAACAGUGCAUUAAGGUUAGAUAUCAGUCCCCUUUACCUUGCUCUUCGUAUUUUGUCAACCAGUUGUUUCAAGAAUAUGCAGAUAAUGGCGUCAUCAGUAAAGAAAAAAUUGAAAAAUUAUUGAAGAAAUUAAAAAUUGGCAGAGACGAUGAGCACGAUGAUGACAGCGAUCAUGAUGACCACGAUGAUCACGCUGGCCACGAUCAUCGACGUCGUAGGUCCCUGACUAUCCCUGAGGGUCCGCAGAUCCAAGAAAUGCAACAUAGUCUUCAGAGGCGUUAUAGAAGACAAACCACUGAUCAUGAUCAUGGCAAUGAAACCAAAAAGUAUCAAAAGGUAAUAAAAUUCCGAAUGUAAACUGUAGUGAGAUGAACAAUUAAAUAGUUGUAGCUAAGACCUCUUAUAGCGAAUGAAUGAAUACAUCCAUAAUGAUAUAGCUACUUACAACAACGUCACUGCAUGCAAAUAACACGUCAAUGCAAAUAACACGUCAGUCAUUCAAGUUUUUCUUCGCGAUCGGUCCAUCUUCGCGACCUGUACUUUUGGUUUCCGACCGCUCAGGAAUUAAUCAAAACGCUCGGUAUUUUGCGGAUGGAAUGCACAGUCAUAUAAUAAAUAAUUACAAUAUAUAUUCCUCACAAUCACAUAUAAAUUUAACUUACAGUUACAGUUACAGUUACACCCAAACAAGUUCCUCCCUAGAUUUAGAUCACUUACUGCAACAUUGUGGAGGCAAUAUUGGUAGAAAAAUGGUACUUUCUUUCUUCCAUCCUGUUUAAUGUUCCUGGAACUUCAGCUAGGACAACUUUAAUUAAGUUAAAGACCCAAAUGGUAGAGGCUGUCUGAUGCAACGCAAUCAAUUAUCUCAAAAAAAUGAUUAUUCGAGGCAUCAUUUUCUAUUUCUAGUGUUAUUCCGUUGAUGAACUUUUCGCCAUUUACCAAGUGGACAGAAUGACAGGUUUUACACUGGAGAAAUUUCAAAGCCUUAGUCCAGCUUUACUUCAACAAAUAGAAAGCGAGACUUGUGCAGUAGAAUCACAUGAUGAUCAUAGUUCUAACAACGAUGUUGCUGCAAAACAUAGUAAGUUAUGCAUGAAAUUCAGAUAGCCCGCGUAUCAUGAAAAAAUGAAAUUAAUUCAAACAAAAUAAUUAAAGACACAGUAAAUAUAGUGUAAAGAAACGCUCCUAUAUGAAAUCGCUACAACAUUUAUUAAGAAAAACAAGAUUUAGAAAUGUAAUUUCCCCGGAGGGUUAGGUACUUACCUGAAGGGGAGAUGUAGUUUUCCGAACUCUUUCGAAGACUGAUACGAACAGUACUAGUGCAGAUCGCGGCGCGAACGAUCUGGGUACCACGAAUAUAAAUCAAGCCAACGCAUGCGCAUUUAUCCUCUGAAUGAGUGUCGUUGCUGAGGUCCACAUGUCAGUAGCUGGGUGGGGAAGGACUUGUAAAUCAAGAAGACUUCACUAGUCAAUAGGUCCUUCCAAAUACGGUGGGGAUCGUAUUGUUCAUAUCAGUCUUCGAAGGAGCUAGUUCGGAGAACUACAUCUCCCCUUCAGGUAAGUACCUGACCCUCCGGGGAAAUUACAUUUCUCCUUCACUCCUUCUCCGACUGAUACUCACAAUACUAGUGCAGACUUUUGGUAGCUACUGGCAUGUUGAAAUACUGUACAGUAACAGUAACAGAAAUAUACCAAACAACUCUACAAAACAGAAAUUAUAUCCACAACAAAACAGUCAUAUUAACAUUAACUGUACAUAUAAACUCUAACUGCUAAGAACAGCAUGCACAAAGGCGUUUGUGGUAGUGUUUUUCGAACACCUUGGCAGAACACCAAACUCCUGUUUCCACUAUUAGGUCCAACGACAGCCCUGCAUCUGCAGCAGCUGAAGCGUAAAAUGCAAUUAUAUACCAGCCAAAUGGAUUGUUUGUGUCAGCCAACGCGAUACAGUCUGGCUUGAGACACUGUCGUGGGUGGCAAUGUAAGACACUAAAAGCUUACGAGCCUUUCGAAUGUUCCCAGCAUGGAGGGUAUAAGCUCUUAAAACCCUCACUACACAGAUAGUGCUGUCUUGUGGAAAUGAAAGAAGGUAGAACUUCCUUGGCGAGUGACCAGGCGUAGAGUUUUUCACAUGCUCUGGGAUCGUAAAUUCCCAGGCCUCCUCCUUCACCAGCGAAAAAUCAAGAUCCAAUGCUGCCAGUUCGUGAGCUCUUGCAAAUGUUGUGAGAGCUAAUAGGGCAGUAAGCUUAAAGGUAAGCAUCUUUAAGGGAAUCUUGUCAAGAGGUUCUUGAUUUCUCAGAAAAUCCAACACUUUCGCCACAUUCCAGGAAGAACAAUACUUUGGUUUGGGCGGCUUUACACUAUUCGUGGUACCCAGACCGAUCUGCACUAGUAUUGUGAAGAAGAAGAAAUUAAAUUAAUUUAAUUUCUUCUAAUUAAAUUAUUUUAAUUAAUUAAAUUAAUAUUUAAUUAUUGUCGGAGAAGGAGAAAUUAAAUUAAUAGUUUUAGAAUAUAAUAUUGCUACACAUGGCGAGCCAAAAUUACGGAAUUUAGUUCUUUUAAUGGACUAGUUUCUUUCAUUACAGGUAAUUUUUUAUCAACAGGUGUAUAAAUGAUCACAACAAAUGGUUUACUAAUGAAUUGACCUUGUGUUUGGUGACAAAUACAUGUAAUGGAAGCAUAUCUAUAACUUUUUCUUGCUUUCAUAAGUGCAAAAUGUCCAUAGACCAUACAUUUGAAGUUGAUCACCAUUUGCACCACUGUACAAAAAAAUAACUGAAACCCAGCGAUUGGGGAAAUUUAAUAGAUCUACAAUGUUCUAUUUUGUCUAGAAUGGGGUUAUAGUGUUUUUGCUGUCGCCAUUAUCAGUUUGAUGUCGCUUGUUGGAGUUGCAAUUAUUCCGUUUAUGAACAGGUUAUUUUAUAAAGUAACCCUCGUGUUCUUUAUUGCUUUGGCUAUUGGUACAUUGGCUGGUGACGCAUUGUUACAUCUUUUCCCUCAUGUGAGUUUGGUUGCAUAUUUUUUAUUAAGACUGAAUCAUGAAUCUCUCCAUUCGUGUCCAGUGGAUGGAUCCGACGAAUCAAGCCAUUGGUCUCCAUUCGUCUUGAACGGACAAGCUUAAAUCAAUUUCCUAGCUUGUCCUUGAUGUUUAUCGCACGAAAUUCACAAAUCGUAAAGAUGGAGUAAAUUCGACAGUAUUGGACAACCCUCCUUCACUGCAUGGGGGCUAUAGAAGGCGUAAUGAUUUAUUAUUGCAAAAUGAAAAAAACUUUGAAUAAAAUGGACUGAUCAACACCAUUCCAAUUCCUUUCUAGACUUGCCACAAGUUUGCCUCAAAAGGUUUUCCGAAAGGACAUUUCAAAAAUCUAAUUCCUUCCUAAGCCAUCAUCCGCAAUAUAUGAUGGAAACAUGAUGCAAUAUAUUCAUGAUACAAUAUUAUAUACUCAUGGGUUUUUCUCAUGAAUACGUUCUAUCACAUUACUUCGUAAUUUUCGCAUAUUCUCCCGUCCCAACAAAGCAGUACCAUGUAAGCCGCUUAUCAAGCUUCCACAAUAACUGAAGAUUGGUACACAUGAAGGGUUAAAGGUAUAUAUUGAUUAACUAUCACUUCAUUUCCAAGGCACUUGGCUUUCAUGCUUCUCAUGACCAUGCUCAUGGUACUGGAUCAUCAGAUGAAAAUGAAGACAAAGACCAUCUUUGGAAAUUUCUCGUGGCAACUGCAGCAAUAUAUGGCUUCUUUCUUUUUGAGACUAUUACUCAUCUUAUCCUAGGGAAGUCUGGUCAUUCACAUUCCGUUGAGGUACGAUAAUUUGGAUUGCAUCUUAUAAAAUUGUGCAUUAAAAAGGAACGGAAUAAAUUGACAUGCACUGCCAUAACUUGUUUUAAGCAACAGGAACAACAACAACAAUAUACAUUUCUUCAAAUUAUAUUUUCUAGAACACUGUGACAGAAGAAUGUGCAAUUGAAUCAAGUGAUCAAAAGAGAAAUGAACCUUGCGUUUUAACAAACAUGGUAGGUAAUAGAGAAAAUGUCUUUAAUUGUCGAAAUAUAACAACAUGUUUUUGUUUUUAGUCUGUCAAAUUGUUUUCAUUAUGUUAAAUAUAUAAGUUUUGUUAUCAAGUGACAUCAAAACGCGUCCAGAAGAAUCUAACGUUUUACGUUUAUGUGAUAAAAAUAUACGGCCAAUGAAUAACAUCAAUUACAUAAAGAUAAAAAAAUAUGAUUUUAAUACUUACCCGAAUAUGUGCUUUCUAAGGCUUAUAUGAACAACGAAGAAUCAGAAAAUCAAAGAUAUGACAAUGUUACAAGAACGAACAAAGAAAAGGUAAUCAAAAUGGCGGUAUGUUUUCAUCCGCGUUUGUACAGUAUGUCAUUGUGUGUGUCUAUCUGUGAGUGUGUUUCUAUGUCAACACGAUAACAUAAUUAAAGAAUAUCAAACGGAUUAAUACGAAAAUUUGAAGGACUAAUUGGACAUAGUGAAAGGACAAAUUGAUAAAUUUUGGUUAAAUUUGGAUGAAAAAUGAAUGGGAAAUUAGCACAAGUUUGUCUUGCUGAAUUUGCUUUGCACAGUAAACUCACUGCGUAAUUCCAUUGUGUAACUUUUGCAUGAAAUAUUUGAAUAAAGCAUUUAUUGUAUGAAGAAAUGAAUUAAAACUUCAAAAUAUACGAUGAAUCAGAGUAGUCAGAAUUAAUAUUAAAAUGUUAGGGUUUGUAAUCCAAGUGAGAAUAUAUACAUUUUAAGACCUAACCAGGAACGACUGCGAAAAAUGCAGCACAAGGUCCUCUGGUAGGAAUUGAACCUACGGCCCUGCGAUUCCGGUGCAGCGCUCUAACUAACUGAGCUACAGAGGCCAGCUGUUGAGCUGUAACCGUAAGUUCAUGUAUAUAUAGGUAAUCGGAUGUGCGGGUUGUGAUAGGUCUUAAAAUGUAUAUAUUCUCACUUGGAUUACAAACCCUAACAUUCUAAUAGUCAGAAUUAUUCUAUUUUAUCUCCAAUUUUCUUUUAUUUUAAAAAACAGUUUUGAUUAUCCUUUAAUGUUUUCCUCUUCAUUUUUAUGUCCAGCCUGCCAUGAUCGAAAAUGGUUGUGACGGAAUUAGCCCAGAGAAAUCAUCAGCAAUCAAGAAAAAUGGAGAAGUGAAAAAAACAAUUUCAUCUGUGGCAUGGAAUAUCAUUGUUGGUGAUACUAUGCACAAUAUUGCGGAUGGUAUAGCUAUCGGUAUAGCAUUCUCUGAUAGUAUAUCUGGUGGUAUAAGUACUUCCAUUGCUGUGUUUUGUCAUGAGCUCCCUCAUGAACUAGGUAGGUUUCGUACAAUCCAUGCAUAAUGUUGCUGAUGAUAUAGCUACUGGUGUGGCCUUCUCGUAUAGAAUAUCAGUGUCAGUAAUGAAUCAAUAUACAACAAAUCAGAUAGAAUUAUUCAGUAUUUUACACUACAAAUCACUAGAUAAUAUAGAAUUUUAACAGUACUAUAAACCCACUCAAACUACAGUAGUACAGAAUUUGAAGUCAAACACAUUUUUGUUUUUUUUUUCUUUUACGCGCAUGCGUCCCAAGCACCCCCUGACCUCGUUUUCUUACAGAAUAUCUGCCACUGCUUAGUCAUGAGCUCCCACAUGAAGUCAGUGGGUAUAAAGAUAAAGAUCGCCAUUUUAUUGCAAACUGUUUUAUGAGCGGCUAACAAACUAAACAUUGCAUGUUGAUAUAGGCAGGCAGGCAGGCAGGCAGUUUAGGUAUAGGUAGGUAGGUAGGCAUUUGCGGGUGAGUGUAGGUAGGCAGACAGGUAACCAUUGCAAUAGUUUAAGAGGUUUGUUGCUGUAAUUCUGUAUUCAUCCAAAUGGCAAAUAGUUUGAUAUUUGCAGUAGAAGGUACAAUUGAUAGAUUAGAAAAGCUCUUGAUUGAAUUAUAAAUUUCUGUACUUACUAUAGGCGACUUUGCUGUAUUGCUUUCUGCUGGAUUGAGCGUCAAGACAGCACUGUUGGCCAAUUUCCUCACAGCUUGUUCGUGUUUCAUUGGUUUGGUUUUUGGAAUAUUAAUUUCUGAAAUUGGGGAUGUGAAUUUAUGGAUUUUUGCUGCCACGGGUGGAUUCUUCAUUUAUGUCGCCCUCACUAACAUGGUAAUUUCAUUUUCACAAUGUUUCCAUUUUUUGAUUUCUUAUUUCCCAUGCCAUGCAUGGACAUGGAACUGAUCUACUGAGCAUGGAAGUCCCUGUACGUAUAUACUUACAGUAUAAAUCGGUAGAAAUGAUGUUUUGAAAUAAAUAAAAAUAGAAAAUACCCUGAAUUAGCAGUUUUUGGGAAAAGAGGGAUGAAAAACAACAAAUUUAGGGCAUUUCCUCCCCCUUCGAGGGCUCACCAGGAUUUCUACUUCAUUUUUACUAAUUUUUACAUUGAACGAAAUCGUGCAAUUAAUGAUAUAUAGAUAUGCCUAUAUAUAUUGGUAUUCUCGAUCUUUAAAAAGCCUUUUCAAAAUCUAAUUUCCACUGUUAGGACAAGCAAUAUCAAUGGAUUGAAUAGAAUUAUAUGAUAAUUAUUAAAUCCAGUAUAAAAAACCUGAAAUUUCUAAGCUAACAUAGUAUAAAAACACUGAUAUUUUAUAACAAUUCAAUGAAAUUGAUUAUUUUCCCACCAUGAAGUGUACAAAAACAGUUGCCAAAUAAUUUUGUAACUUUUUUGUUUAUUAUAGUUACCAACAUUGAUGCACAGUCCUGAAUUCCGCGAACUUCCCAAGUUCUCUAAGUUUCUUCUUCAAAAUCUAGGCAUCUUAUCUGGCUUUGGAAUCAUGUUCCUACUUUCCUAUUACGAGGAGGAUAUCAAUGUUUGA